AUGGCAAGCACUGUGAAGAGCCAUGAGAAGAAACGGGCCAUACUACUCGUUUCAAGUCGGUCGAGAUGUACGCAAGCCAAGGCAAAGCAUUGGCGCAAGGAGCCGCCAGGAGACACAGCCCGCUACUUAGAUACUGUUACAAACAAAACCAUCUUUUUGAGUGCCAAUACAAGUAAAAGGAAGAGUCGCACACGUCUUCUCGAACCUUGGAAGGAGGGAAGUGGCGAACGCGAUCCUUGGCAAAGGCCCGGUCCGUCGCCCUGCUCCGUCCUCGCUCAAGCUGCGACCAGACCUCUGUCUCACCUAGCUGCCCGCCAGACCAGCCCCCAUACUUCCACACCACCCUUCCCUCGCCCUCUGCCUACCCUCUUCCUCCACGAUACCAAUACCACAACCACACACUCUCGCACCCACACACACGCACACGCACACGCAUACGCACAUAUACACAGUCUCUCCCUCUCCUCCCGCAUACCCACCGACACCCAUCGCUCGCCCGCCCCUUCGUCCCCCGCGCCGUAUCGUUAUCGCCGUUCCGCACCGAAAUCGUACGUCACACUUCAGAUCCUGGGGUACCGCCUCUUUGCCGGCCGCAACCUGGCCAACCUCUCUGCGCGAGUCCAGUCUAUUCUAUCUGUCCAGCCAUCCGUAUUCCAUUACUGCCUUCUGCGUGCCGUCGCUGCCAUGUGGUCGCAGGGCGACCCGACGCCUUCGCCGCCCUCGACUCUCAACACCUUCUACCUCCCUCAGAGUCAUGCCCCAUCCGCACAGCCCCAGCAGCCCGUCUCCCCCACCUCACGCUCCUCGUACCAUGACCCCGUCCGAAUCGAGCAGUAUACCCGCAUCGGCUCCACAGCAAAGGGCGUCGUCAUCGGCAUCUGCUCCGUGUUGGGAGCUGCCGCCUUCUGCCUCAUCCUCUUCGCCAUUGUCUAUUACUGCAGAUAUACACAGCAGGGACGCAUCUUCCUCGACAGAUUGACCCGACCCGGCGAGUAUGACGAUGAACAGCAGUUUGCCAAGGAGGAGGCCGAGGCGUUGGAGGACAUGGAUGAUCUUCAAAGGACGGAAUAUCUGAGGGCCAAGGCCUUUAUCGAAGCCAAUCCACCCGAAUCCGUCCAAACAGAUAUUUCGCUGUCACAAUUCCUAGCGAUACAGGAGAAGGGCGUCUCAGCGUGGGAAUUUGAACCCGAGUUGGAGAUUGCCAACUGUUUCGUCGAGGCGCGAACCGAAAUCGAGUUCUUUGAUUCAGUCUGCAGUGUGCAGAGUAACCUGCCAAUGCCCAAGCAGAACGAGGUCUAUUACUGGGAAGCUAAGCUCUACGAUAAACCCGAGACUACCGAAGUGGCCAUUGGUGUCACCACUAAGCCGUAUCCCUUGUUCCGGCUUCCAGGCUAUCACAAAUACUCGAUCGCCUACAUGUCUGAUGGAUCCCGCCGACACAAUCAGCCCUUCAGCCCGACCCCUUACGGUCCCGCCUACGUACAAGGGGAUGUCAUAGGGGUCGGCUACCGACCGCGUACAGGGACCAUAUUCUUCACACGCAACGGCAAGAAACUGGACGAAGUCGCCCAUGGCCUGAAGACGCAGAAUUUCUUCCCAACAGUUGGCGCAAAUGGACCUUGCCAAGUCCAUGUCAACUUCGGCCAGAUGGGUUUUGUCUUCAUAGAAGCCAACGUGAAGAAGUGGGGCCUCGCACCCAUGACCGGCAGCCUGGCUCCUCCUCCGCCAUAUGGCAGUGAACAGGGCUCGAUUCUGCUCGAAGGUGGCCGAGAAGGCGUGCGCGAAGGAAUGGCGGGCACUUACUUUAGCCAUUACGGCCACGCAAGGACGAGCAGCCAGCAGAUGCGCCUGGGACGAAACCAACCCACGAGCCCAGGGCCCCAGCGUAGUCCUACCGACAUUUCCCUUGCGCAGCUGAGCCUCGUCGAUUCGUACGAUGACGAUCACGGUGAGGGAACCAGCGCUGAGGCAGUGCCAACGGCAGCGGCUGCGUUACACCAAGCAGACGUCAUCCAUGGUCUCGGCUUUCUGCAGCCUGGCGACCUCCCCCCGGAAUAUUCCAGCCCUCAAAGCUCGCCCCAGCUCAGCCGUCAGACGAGCGCUGAUGGCGGCGAUUAUGGCUGGGGCGACCAAGCGCCAUUGAUCCAUCGACGUCAAGGACACACGCCCGAGCCGGACCCUCCCAUACCCAGUUACGAUGCUGUUGUCGCUGGAGACACCCCCCGGAUCCGCGUCCGUAGUGCGACGGAGACAUCGCCGUCGGCACCGAGCAGGACUUCUCGGUCAUGA